GUAUGGUUCAAAAAUCGAAGGGCAAAGUGGCGCAAGCGUGAACGACAUUUCGUUACACCAGAAUUUAAGAAUUUCCAGCCAACAAACUGUUUACCAGGAACUUUACCUUCAACGUUACCUGGAGCUUUACUCUCACCACAUUCGCAGGCUCAAUUGCAACAUCCCUUUCCACAGUUAAUGCCACAACCGUCAAGUAAUAUGUCAAUUCCACGAUUUUCUACAUCAUCUUCAUCAUUUUACACCACUACGCCAAAUCCAAUGAUGUCAAAAGAAGACAAAUUUAAAGUUGAUACACAAGGAUAUAGUCUUUCUCCGCAUAUUACUAAUUUAGGCCCUUCUGGUCAAUCUGGAUUUUCUAUACAAUCUUAUCAUUAUAGCGGUCCUCUUUAA